AUGUCUGCGUCCGGAGACUUUGGGCCAGCGCCCCCGGGCGUUGACCUCUCGGAGAAUCAAAAUGGCUCUAUGCUGGGAGCGGUCAUUACCCUGAUUAUACUCGGGACGCUGUCCGUAAUACUGCGGAUAUACGCUCGGACUGAGUUCAAAAAGUUCCAGUUUUCUAUUGACGAUUAUCUGAGCUUUGCUGCCUUGUUAUUUGCCUACUCGCUCGGUAUCUGUGUGAUCAUUAGCGUCAAAUACAAAAACGGACACCAUGUUCAAGCCCUUACCAAACAGGAAUUCACAGUCAUUUGGAAACUUCUCUACGCCCACGUGAUGUUAUACGCCUUCUGCGUGACCUGCACCAAAACGUCCAUCAUUUUGUUCUAUAAACGCAUCUUCAACCUUCGCUACUCUCUUUACUUUGCCAUGUUCUUUAUCCUGAGCUAUUUCAUAGUCAUCAUCGUCACAAUCAACGUGGCAUGCGAUCCGAUCCCAUACUUUUGGGAGCAAUAUACCGAUCCCGAUACCGCAGUCGGCAGCUGCAUCGACAUCCCCAAAUUCUUCUUCGGAAACGGUAUCGCAGCAGUCCUGAUCGACAUCAUGAUUCUCAUAAUUCCGAUCCCGAUUACCUGGAAACUACAAAUGCCCAAAACCCAGCGAUUGGCCGUGAUCGGCAUUCUCUUACUAGGUAGCUUGUGA